UGAGAUAGUGUACUAUCGACUAUAACAUCAACCAUUAAUCUCUAAGAAACACUUCAAAGGCAACACCAUAUGCCCUUUCCAUCCUGUCGGUCCCAUAACUCUUAACUCAAAGCCUCCACCCUCAAUCAUUCAUGUAACCGAUGAUAUCCUACAAAAAUUUUCUUCUAUAUAUAUAUUCAUGGCUGCAAGCAUUUGGGACAUCCAAAAUCGUUCACAUCCUAAAGCAUUUUAGCUCCAAAAACUAGCAUCUUAUUUACAACUAUCUUUUCUCAACUUUCUCUUCCCAAGUAUUAUCUUAUAAAACAUGGGUUUUCGUUUACCUGGUAUCAGAAAGGCAUCUCUUCGAGCAAUCCAAGCAUCUCCAAAAGUCGUGGAUGUGCCAAAGGGUUACAUUGCAGUCUAUGUUGGGGAUCAAAGGAAGCGGUUUAUGAUCCCUGUGUCAUACUUGAACCAACCUUCAUUUCAAGAUCUAUUGAGUCAAGCUGUGGAAGAAUUUGGCUAUGAUCAUCCAACUGGUGGUCUCACAAUUCCUUGUGGAGAAGAUUUGUUCUUAGAUAUCACUUCUCGCUUCGAUAGCUGCUAACUGCAUGAAGAUGGAACUGACUUAGAUGUAGACAUAUACUUGACACAUUUUUGUAUCAUAGUUUCUUACCUUGAGAAUAUUUCCCUCUCCAUGUUUGAUGUCUGAAUUUUUAAAUGAAAUUUAAUCUGAAUGAGAAAGUUUGGGAACACUAACCUCAUUCUUUU